UCUUGAACGCAACGCAAGCUCGGCAGCGCCGGCGAACCCUUUUGAUGUUGACUUGAACUCUACUUUACUGCUAAAUAUUCAGAGGGCCAUGUCGGAGGAGAGCGACUACAUCUUUUGGGAGUCCUUGAUUUCGCCGGGAAGAAGUCGAAGGAAAACAAAAUCAAAGGCGAGGGAAAAUGGGUCGAAAAGGAAAAACGAUAUCACCUUAGACGUAAAUGACCGCAUCCCUAAGGAAAAGCAAAGCUCCACAUUCAAAGGUGUAAUGCAGGCAAAGAAAGACAAGAAGAAGAAGAAGAAAAAGAAGAAGCUGCUGGAUUUACACAGCGACGCCGCAGCGACGGCCAUAUCUAAACCCGAUGUGUCAAAUCUGAGCGGCAGCGCUCAGAAGCAGAAGUCACACCAGCUAAUUCAGGACUCCAAAGAAGAAGGCCCAAAGAAAAAGAAAGUGGCGUUUGAUUUGGCACACGAGUACGCUCGGGUCAAGCGUCCCACGUUUUCCUCUGCACAUCCCAAGUUUCCAAAAGAGUGUACAGAGUUGAAGAUAGCCCCUAUAAGAGAUUGUGAAAGAUAUUCUUUGGUCAGCGAAGUCAUGCAAUGUCAGUCUCAACUGCAAGAAAACGACAUUCAGUGGGAAGAUAGCAACAGUCAAGACUUGUUUAUCACCCAGAAGACGUUCAGAUCAUCCUCGUCAGACUCCAGUGCGGAAGCCAGUUACAAAGCUGUUACUACAGUUUCGCAACAAACGCAGACAUUGCACAACUCUUUGGACCAGAUAAAAUACCCAGACAAGGAUUGUCGCCAGCGUCGUAGAAAAAAGAAGCAGCAGCGGCAGACAGCGAAGGCAAGUAGCGCGGAGAAGGACAGAUUACGCAUCCGAAAGAAGAAAUAUUGCUUUCAGACAGAAGGGGAAAAAAAUGCUUCAAGUUCUUUGCAAUCAAGGCCUCAUCGGGCGAAUCUUUGCAUGGACGAGACGGUAGUAGGAGAUAGGUCACCGAAGGUUGCAAAGUCGAAGCAGUGUCACUGCGAGGGAAUCCAGCGGGCUUCUUCUUGCUCUCUCCACGUAGCCCUCAAACCCACAGCAUGUAGCUCCACACAGACAGAAAACUUCUUCACUGCCCAAGUCUCCUCCUACUUGGCUUUCUCCAGAAAGAGAAGACUGGCUGCGUGUCAUGACCACGUGAAGCCUUUGGACCUGAGCUUGCCAAAUAGGGCCAGGAAAGACCUCGGCAGGCGUUCGUGCGUGAAGGUGUCAGCGAGUGAAGUCCGAGAGGAUGAGAAGUGGCGUGAAAACCAGCUGUCACCUUUCCCCAAAGAGGUCAAUGCACCUCCAUUCUGUCCUUCAGCCAUGGAAGACUCAGAGGUGAAGAAAGGGAUUGCUGUUACUGAUAAGAGGAAAGAAGAGAGCGCCCCGAGUCCUUUGACGGAGUCGGAGCCCAAGUCGGGCGACCCGACCACCUUCGGCGACUCCAAUGAGCCACCAUGCCGAAGCAAAAAGGUUGACCUGAACCAGGUAAGGCCAGUGCAGAUGAGGCUGAACGAGUCAUUCUACUUCAAGACCAAAGGAGAUGGAUGCUCACCCAGACCUGAGUCACCUCUGAUGACGCUUGUUCAGGGCAGAGCGAGUGAGAAAGACGUCAAAGGCAAAAAGGGCCGCUGAGCCUCCCCCGCCCGCAGUCACAGCUUCCUGUUGUUAUUGAGUCUGCCACACUUUUCUGUAACGUUUUAUUGUUCGGCAAUUCAAUUGUACUUCUGGAAACUAG